AUGGAGAACAGUGAAAACUUGGUGGAUUCAAAAUCCAUUAAAAAUUUUGAGACAAAGAUCAUACAUGGAAGCAAAUCAAUGGACUCUGGGAUAUCCUUGGACAAUAGUUACAAAAUGGAUUAUCCUGAAAGGGGUUUAUGUUUAAUAAUUAAUAAUAAGAACUUUCAUAAAAGCACUGGAAUGGCCUCUCCAUCUGGUACAGAUGUAGAUGCAGCAAACCUCAGAGAAACAUUCCUGAACUUGAAAUAUGAAGUCAGGCAUAAAAAUGACCUUACACUUGAAGAAACUGUGGAGUUAAUGCAUAAUGUUUCUAAAGCAGAUCAAAGCAAAAGGAGCAGCUUUAUUUGUAUAAUUUUAAGCCAUGGUGAUGAAAGAAUAAUUUUUGGAACAAAUGGACCUGUUGACCUGAAAAAAAUAACAGAUUAUUGUAGAUGUCUAACUGGAAAACCCAAACUUUUCAUUAUUCAGGCCUGCCAGGGUACAGAACUAGACUGUGGCAUUGAGACAGACAGUGGUAUUGAUGAUGACAUAGCAUGCCAGAAAAUACCAGUAGAGGCUGACUUCUUAUAUGCAUGCUCCACAGCACCAGGUUACUAUUCCUGGCAAAAUUCCAAGGCUGGAUCCUGGUUCAUCCAGUCACUCUGUGCAAUGCUGAAACUAUAUUCUCAUAAGCUUGAAUUUAUGCAUAUCCUUACUCGGGUAAACUGGAAGGCAGCAACAGAAUUUGAGUCCUUUCCCCUUGACUCCACUUUUCAUGCAAAAAAACAGAUUCCAUGUAUUGUGUCCAUGCUCACAAAAGAACUGUAUUUUUAUCACUAA